CCCCAGCUGGUUUAUGAGCAGCUCUGCUCCUGUAAGACAGCACUCAGAGCAGGCCUGUCCAGCGGCCUAGGCGAGCUGAGACUUUGGCCUCCAGCUCCUGCCAAUUCAUCCCCCCGGCCAGGAUCCCUCAGCCGGGCUAAGGUAGAGCUCCCACAGAUAGAGGAGAUGGGCGGUACUCCAGGUGUACCUCCUCUGGCAAAGAAUUUACCAGCCGCGGAGCGACCAGGCGUCUAGAACAUUUGGCCCAGUUGAUCCUGGCAGAAGAUGCUGUCGGGUACACUGCCUGACACUCGCGCAUCCUCCCCGGGUUGGUGAAUGUGAGGAGCGCGUCGUUGGCGUUAGCCGAAAGGAUCACGCCCGUGCCCAGACUGCGCAGGACCAGCCCCAGCAAGCAGGAAGGCGCUCAGCAGGCCAGCUCUCUGGGGAAAAGUGGAUCAGGUCCCAGACCGCAUGGAUGUUAUCGUGGAUCCUCCGGACCAGGACAGCGUACGUCUGGUCACGGUGGAGCAUGUGAUCCAACAUGGAUGCCAGAAAGUUGGAAAAUCCCCGGGUUGCCCGAGAUGAUAAGAGACGAGCGCAGCAUAAUGAGGUGGAGAGACGCAGACGGGAUAAAAUCAACAACUGGAUCGUGCAACUGUCGAAGAUUAUUCCAGAUUGUUCUGUGGAUAGCUCAAAGACUGGCCAGAGUAAAGGUGGGAUUCUGUCGAAGGCCUGUGACUAUAUUCAGGAGCUGCGACAGGGAAAUGUCCGCCUGCUGGAGGAACUGAAGGAGUUGGAGCAACUGCAAGUGGACAACGAACUGCUGCGGCAACAGGUACAAGCCCAUCGCUGGCCGUCCAUCCAACCUG